CACCUCGCCUGUCGCCUCCUCCAUCACCUCCCACCCAGUCAUCCUCCCCGUCGCCGGCGCUGCCCAGGCGUCCGACCUCCGGGCGUCCUACGGCCGUCCGGCUCCUCUCACACGGUCACCUCGUCGAGCUCUGACCCCGGUACUCUAUCACUUCUCUGCCACUGCCACUGCCACUGCCACUGCGGCGAUGACAGGGCGAGCGGCCACCUAGGUCGUCGUCGGGCGCUUCGCCAGCGACGAGCAUACAACAGCAGUUGUUUCUGGAUCUACUGGGACCAUGGAUCAAGAACAAAAAAGAGAAGCACCUUGUGGCAUCUAUACUUACAAGCAUCAUUGUAGCAUGGGAGUUGACGUCCAUGAGGUCUUUGUUAAGAAGAGCAGACUGCGGAUUGUCCUGUCGUACAUUGGCAUUGUGUUCCUUCUUGUGAAUGUCAGCCAACCAUUGCUGGCCAAGGAGAGUCUAUCCCUUGGAUCAGUUUGGAAUAUUACCUUUGCCGUUCUUGUUGCUAAACGUUUGCAAUACAAACCUGUGAAGAAAGAGUCUGUAGUGAUUAUGCCAGCUUUUGGGGUUCAGCUAGAGAUCCAUUUUUGGAGCGGAAGAGUUGAUCGUCGUUUUGUGCCCAUUGGCAAGAUUCUGAAACCACUGAUAAAUGAGUGCGUGACACCGGUGACCUGUUACUGGAGCUUGGCACUGCUUUUGCGUGAUGAAGAGGAACUCCUGCUAGUUUUCCAGAAAUCUCGUCCUCCUGUCAAAAUGUUAGUUCCAGUAUGGAAGGCUCUCUGCACGUUGACAAACUCUAAAUGCUCGAGCCCCUCUAGAGUUGAUAAACCAAACUGUUCAGAAACAUGAGCGAUCCGGGGCUUCAGUGUAGAUAUAUGUAUGCUCCAAAGAAGCAUCUGCAGUUGAUAUACAUUAGAUUGAGAUUAUUGGAACUGUUGAUGAUGUCAUAGGACUCAUCGGUGCUAGGGGCACUGAUUGCUAGAAGGAAAUGUUUACCUGCUAGUUUCGGCUGAAGUGUAUACCGCUUAACGCUAACCAUUCAUGAUUCCAUGGUCCUGAUAUCUGAAUAGUACUGAAUAGAAUUCACUUUCUGAUGUAAUUUUCGGUGCACGCUUCUGAAUAUGUGAUGCCAAUUAUGAGCAGUUCAAAUGAA